AUGGAUCAUGCGUGGAACGCCUACGCCCGCCAGCUUUUGCCUCUGGGAUUUGGCCAUCCGCUCUUCUUCCCCGAGCCCUCGCGUAAGCAGGGCCAAAUCGAACUUGGCGACGUCGGAUGGAUCGUCAGGGGCUCAUUCCGCCGCUUGCUCAACGUCACAAAACCUGCAACCGACCCAGUGAACAGGUUCAGGCAUCUAGGCCAUCCCAUACAGACCCUUCCCAUCGAGUCUCAACGCGUAGCCUACAAUCCUGCGUUCAUCCAGAACGAUAUGCUCUGCAACCAGAGCGUCACCCACCCGAUACGCUGGCGCUCCCUGUCCCGGGCCACCAAGCUCAACGACGCCACCCUCGUCCUGCCAGAGCACGCAGCUGCGAUGGAGAUCGCCGAGCACGGUGCCAUGGUCGAUCACAUCCGCCGGAAUUACGACUACUGGCACCACCUCGCGUCGUCCGCCGGGCUCGCGCUAGCCAAGGGCGAGCUGAUCUUCGUCAGCGGGUGGGCGAAGGCGUGUGCGUACGACGCCGAGACGCGCGACUGGGCGAGCUGCCCCCCCGCGCGAUCCGUGCGCGCGCAGCUGCACUCGCAGGGCCGGCGGAGCCAGAACUUCAUGCGCAAGAUGCACCCCGACGAGGUGCACUCUGACGAGACCGUCGGGCCCGAGCGCGAGAUCGACGUGGUGGGGACGUCGAAGAUAGGGCACGGUGAGGACCGCGAGCCGUCUACGGUGGGCGACUCGGCGCAGGACAAGUGCAUUUUCGUCCACUAUUAUAAAGCGAAGAAGCGCGAGCACAAUGUUGUUCGUCAUUUUUGGGCGAGGUUGUCCGAUGCUCUGCGCCUCGGUGGCGGACGUGCGAAGGCCUACUCGUGGAUAGCGCGAGAAGGCACUGCUGGGCUGGAACACAUGCCUCUGCGUGUCAGGCGCGAGCAGCAUGUUUUUCGUCAUCUUUGGGCGAGAUUGUCCGAUGCUCUGCGCCUCGGUGGCGGACGUACGAAGGCCUACUCGUGGAUAGCGCGAGAAGGCACUGCUGGGCUGGAGCACAUGCCUCUGCGUGUCGAAUACGACCCGGUCUCGCUCGUAUUGGAUUACAUUCUCAAUCGCGCACUGUCUGUCAACGUGGCCGUGGCAAGCACGCACGACGUGGCGUGGUUGUGCAAGACUAGCCACAACACCGACGUCAUCUAUUUGCUGCGCAAGAUGCGCCCGGGGAUCACUGUACUGGAUGGUGGUAUUGGCAUGCUUCGCCGCCCCGACGAGACCCGGCUCUCGCUCGUCCGCGCUAUCAUGCCACGGACGAACAAGUCUCUGGAUGAGGGGAGUCGCAUGGAGACGUCGGAGCCGUCCGCUCCCCUCCUCCCGGGACCUCGCAAGUCCGAAGCGAAGCGGUUCGAAGUCCGGGAGCUGAUUGCCCAGGGGCCGCUGGACAGCCCGUGCCAGGAUGGCGGCGCCGAGAUCACCGUCGCCGAGUUCGGCUGCGAGCCCGGCGUGAAGCUGUCCGACAUCCUCGCCGCAUCGGCGUACCUCGACCGGGCACACCACCCGGCACUCCCGGCACUCUCCACCCGCCGGCCGUGCAUCACGAUCACAUGGCCCGGGUACGAGCCGUACAGGGACAACCUGUGGCUCGCGGGGGACAUCACGGUCGAGAGCGUCGUCGCUUCCGUCGCCGACGCCGCGCUGCGAUUCUACACGAAUGCCUCUCAGCUGCCGUGCGCCGAGCCGCAGUUCGCGCUGGGCUCCGGGGCGCUGGAGCUGGGCGCUCUGUUUUUGAUCAAGGUCCGCAUCGAUCCGGGGGGCGCGAUCCAGCCUGUCUUCGAGGUGGUGAGGAGACGGUGA